CGUCACGACGCUGGGGGCUGACGCUCCUGGCGGAAGUACCUUUGAGGUAGUUACCUGUGGGAAGCAGUGGAGCCAGUUUGAGGAGUCGUAGUGUUGAGUCCCGGUGACCGGGGUUGUUGUUCUCCCGCCCUGCCUCGGGAAGCAGGAUCAAACUAACCUAACUGGGAUGGCGGCCAUUGAGAAUGGACAGGAUAUGGCUGAACGACCAGUAAAAAAAGCCAAAAUGGAGGAUUCCAAUGAAGAAAGUGUGAGCAAAGUGAGUAAUGGUGAACCUCCAAGUCAAAAAGGAGAACUGUCUUCUAAUCGCACCAUUCCUAGUGGAAUCCUUCCCUGUGCUGACUAUAUGGCCCGAGCGCCUGGUGAUUAUACUUCCCAGUUAUAUCAAGCUAAGCCAUAUACACACAUUCUUUCUGUACCUGUAUCGGAAACAAUUCCAGCAUAUGCUGGUCAAACUCAGUAUCAAUCCUUGCAGUCAUCUCAGCCAUAUACAGUAUACCCUCAGGCAACACAAACCUACGGUCUACCUCCAUUUGGUGCCUUGUGGCCGGGAGUCAAGUCUGAAAAUGGCUUAAUCCAGACACUAAAUUCCCCAACAGUUUUGACAUGCUCCUCAGGAGUUACCAACAGCCAAACCAGCUCUGUAUUAUAUUCCUACCCUGUUCAAGCUUCUACUACAAAUGCAAUUUCAAGCACAUCCCCAACAAACAUCACAACCCCGACAGUUACCAGCAUCUCAAAUCAGGAAUAUCCCACAUAUACCAUCCUUGGACAAAAUCAGUACCAGCAUUGUUAUCCAAACCAAAACUUCACAGUAUCGCCCCCUGGGCCUACAGAAAGCAACUCUGUGACACCAGAUUUUCAAGAGUCCAAAACAGACACUACUUCCCCUUUGCAGAUGCAAACGCCAAUUUCUGGUGAUCCUACUGCAGGCCAACCUAUGAGAGCAAUGAGCAGCAAAGAGACAGAAGAACAAAGUAAAAGGAAUACGCCAGUAAAAAACAGGGGGAAGGGUAAGAAAGCGGACUCCUUGUCGCCACAGCAUGGUGAUCUUGAGCGUGUGUUUUUGUGGGACUUGGAUGAGACCAUUAUCAUCUUUCACACUUCCACGGCUCACUCGGUUUCAUAUGCGCUAAAAUACGGAAAGGACCCCACCCUAGUGGUAGGAUCAGGCUUGGCCAUGGAAGAAAUGAUCUUUGAAGUUGCAGACACACAUUUAUUUUUCAAUGACUUAGAGGAGUGUGAUCAGGUUCACGUGGAAGAUGUAUCAUCUGAUGAUAAUGGUCAAGAUUUAAGUAAUUACAACUUUACUACCGAUGGAUUUAAUGGGACAGCAGGAAACCGAAACGUCAACUCAAAUAGUGGUGUCCAAGGUGGAAUGGACUGGAUGAGAAAGUUGGCAUUUCGAUAUAGGAGAGUCAAUGAGGUUUAUGAAAAAUACAAGAGCAAUGUUGGGGGAUUACUCAGCCCACAAAGGCGUGACUCUCUCCAGAGACUUCGAGAUGAUAUAGAAACAUUGACAGAUGGCUGGUUAAGCACUGCUGUGAAGUGUUUACAACUCAUCCAGGCAAGGAAGAACUGUGUCAACGUGUUAAUAACUACAACACAACUGGUUCCAGCUCUGGCCAAAGUUCUACUCUACGGGCUUGGAGAAGUGUUUCCAAUACAGAAUAUAUACAGUGCAACAAAAAUAGGAAAAGAGAGCUGCUUUGAAAGGAUAGUGACAAGAUUUGGGAAGAAAGUUACCUAUGUGGUGAUUGGAGAUGGUAGGGAUGAAGAAAUGGCCGCCAAACAGCACACUAUGCCUUUCUGGAGAAUCACAAACCACAAUGACCUCAUCUCUCUACAUCAGGCACUGGAGCUGGACUUCUUGUGAGAAAUGCUGAAUAAUCAUGUUUUGUAUGCAAGCCGAUUUAGCUCAGCAGGUGCCUGACAAACAAAAGCCCAGGUGGAGACCUGAGGAACAGUUGUUCGAUCUGGUUAACCUGCAUCUAUCUUAAAACUUUCCAAGAGGGAGACUCUUUCAGCUGUGUCCUUCAUCGAGGAGAAACCAUUUCAACUAUCCUGUCUUGCAGAAAUACCCUGUUUAGCUUUUACAUCCCACCUACCUCUCAUUUACUUGCCAGAGAGUUUCUUCAGUUUCCUGGUAGAUAACUCUUUUCAAAGUCCCACCUACCUCCUCAUGUAUGGACUGUCUUCAGUUUCACUCGAGGCCAACUUCUGGUUAGUUGUAGGCUGUUCCUCCCGUGCCAGGAAAUGGUUAUAAUUCUAUGAGAACAUGUGGAGCAGCUAUGCUUAUAUAGAAUGAGCCAUAACAUGUAGCAGUGGAUCCUAAUAAUGUAUUGCAUCUUGAUGUGAAUGGAGUAGCCAAGACCUUCACCUAAGGAUGGAUGGCUUCUGCAUUGAACUUUACCUGUCCUCUGCUUUAAUCAGAGUAUGAACAGCAAAGUCGGUGUACAUUUUUCUGAUUUUUUUUUUUUUUUAACACAGUAUCAAGUCAUAAUGGCUUGCCUUUUAUUAUUGUCUCAUUACCAUUCUGGAACUCUUCGUGAAAUACCUCGCGGGAGGGGAAGAAAGGCCUCCAUUAUUAUACCUUUUUGAAUCUAUAACUUAUUAAAGAUUUUUUUUCCUUAAUAUUUUUCCCAUUUCUGUAUUUUAUCCUCAGCAAGGAUUUGUAACAGAUACUGUCAUAUUGGGAGAUGCUAUUUGUGGUAAUGCAAAAACACUCUUUAAAUACAUGGAAAAAAAGUUAAAUAUCCAGUUGGUAUUAAAGGCAAGAUCUGCAAUCUCAA